AUGGCCUAUAAUCAGCAAUUACGUGAAAAAGAAAGAUUUGUGACCAAAAGAAAAUUAGAGUGGCUUGAUAAUGUUCGCGCCGCAGUUAAACGCAGAAAAGCACCUCAAAACGAUGCUGAAAUAGAAAUUAAUGGACGACGUUUUGUGGAGUAUGAUCAGUUGGGAGGCGAUUUAUGGUGUCACAUUUGCAAUGAAGCUUUAUCAUUGCUUUAUAUCGAGGAAGAGACACAAGUUGGUCUUGCCAAUUUUGUAAAAGUGAGGUGUCAUAAUUGUUUAGCAUUAUAUGAUGUUAAAACAGCUAAAAGCAGUUUAACAUCAGAUGAUACUGAUAGGAAACGAUAUGAUGUGAAUCUCAAAAUUACUAUGGCUAUGCUUGAUGCAGGCAUUGGUGUAACCCAUUUAAAUGGGAUAUUAUCUGCAGCAAAUGUCCCCAGUAUCAAUCCAGUCACUGUAUCACAACAUGAAAAAAUUGUUGGGCCAGUAAUUAAUACAUUAGCAGAAGAAACUUAUAUCCAGGCAAUCAGAAAAGAAAAAGAGUUGACUAUUCUCAAAUAUCAAAGUGAUGCUUAUGAUGAAAAAGGUCGGGUUAAGUUGCGAGCUAGUUUAGAUGGUGCAUGGCAAACAAGAGGAAAUGGGGUUUCAUAUGAUAGUCUGUCAGGACAUUGCUCUUUGAUUGGAGUCGAAAGUGGGUUAAUAUUAGGAGUUGAAAUUCGUCGUAAAUCUUGUGCUACUCGGGUCAAUGGACAAUGUAAAUGUGGUGAAAAAUGUUCAGCAGAUUACACUGGAAGUGCUAAGUCAAUGGAAGGAGAUAUGGCAGCAUCAUUGAUUGCUCAUAAUGAGCAUCUCCAAAAUGAAAAUUGUAUUAUAGCGUUUAUAGUUGGCGAUGAUGAUGCUUCGACCAUGUGUCGAAUCAGACAAGAAAUUGAUUAUGAUCUUCAAAAAGAAAGUGAUCUCAAUCAUACAAUUAAAUCACUUAGUAAUAAAUUAUGGAAAGUUGGUAUUAAAAAUGAUCAGAAGAAGGUCAUCGACUAUCUGAAAAAUGCCUUUUCUUAUGCUGUAAAAACAAAUAAAGGUAAUCCAACAGCAGUUGAAGCUGCUAUCAUGAAUGUAGUUGAUCAUGCAUUUGGUAAACACAGUAAGUGUGGAGCAUGGUGUCGCUUCUCAAAAAAUCCUGAAAGUCAUCAUCAUAAUGGAUUGCCCAAUGGACAAGCAUUGAAAGGAGAAGAUCUUUAUUCUUCUAAAGCACCAAAAUCUAGGUGCUAUAGUCGAUCUGACAGUUUAAGUUAUCGUGUAAGUUGUGCUUCUUUACAAAAGAAUAUAGGUACAAGCUACAUUACUGAAGUUUACCAGAAACUACAAGUAUCACCGGGUAAACAUACUCUUGAUUUUCGAUCUAAAAAGGAUGAUAUUCGACUUAAACAGUCCGCAAAUGCAAAAACAACAGAGUUUAAACUCCAACGGAAAAACCGAAAAACUCGUCGUUCACAAUCAAAACAAAAAAUGGAAAAAAGUGAAGGAAUUACGUACUCUAGUGCCUGUGGAUUGAGCGAUCCUGAUAUUCACCAAAUAAUGUCAGCAGAAGAGAAUUUACCUGAAGAUACUAUUCCUGUCACUUUUGACCUGGAGACAUCUGGAUUCGGUGCUUCAGCAGAAAUCGUACAAAUAAGUGCUCGAUGUGAUAAAUCGCAAUAUUCUAAUUAUAUUUUACCAUCUCGAAAAAUUCAUGAAAGAGUGACAAAUGUAACAGGUCUUUUUGUUAAGAAUGGAAAUCCUAUUUUGAGAGAUAGUAAAGGCUGUAGACGAGUUCAGACAACUCCAGCAAAAGAUGUUUAUAGUGGCUUUAUGAAUUUUUUAAAAACACUAUCUUCUAGUGUAGUGCUUGUUGCACAUAAUGGCAUAACGUUUGAUGCUCUUCACAUUAUAAGAGCAAUGAAAACUUUUGAUUUAUUUGAAGAAGUCAAAGCAGUUGUCAAAGGUUUUGUUGACUCAAUUAAAGUUUUUAAAAACGUAGAAGAGUUGAAAUCUGGAGUUAAAUCAAAAGGAAGUUUUAAGCAAGAAGAACUUGCUAAAGAUUAUCUUAAGCCUCAGAAAACCUGGGAUAAACACGGUAAGGAAGGUAUAAAAAUGCUUUUAGGUUCAACUGCAGUAAUGAAUGAUAAAAAUGUCUAUGCUCCAUAUAAGCCUAUGUUAAUUUCACGAACUUUAAACUUAAAUAUCUUGUUAAAUAAACGAUGA